GCAAUUCGUCCACACGACUGUUAUGCCGUCCUCAGUUUUGUCAAGUGACAGCAUGCAUAUAGGUCUUCUUGCUGCUGCAGCUCACGCGGCUGCAACGAAUAGCCGCUUUACUAUAUUCUAUAACCCAAGGGCAAGCCCAUCAGAAUUUGUCAUUCCCUUAGCCAAGUAUGUCAAAGCUGUAUAUCAUACCCGAGUUUCUGUUGGCAUGCGAUUUAGGAUGUUAUUCGAGACAGAAGAAUCAAGUGUCCGUAGGUACAUGGGUACUAUAACAGGCAUUAGUGAUUUAGAUCCUGUUCGCUGGCCAAAUUCACACUGGCGUUCAGUGAAGGUUGGCUGGGAUGAGUCCACUGCAGGGGACAGGCAGCCUAGAGUUUCCUUGUGGGAGAUUGAACCGUUGACAACAUUCCCUAUGUAUCCAUCCCCAUUUCCUUUGAGGCUGAAACGCCCUUGGCCGUCAGGACUACCUUCUUUUGGUCUAAAAGAUGGUGACAUGAACAUUGGUUCUCCAUACACGUGGCUCCAAGGUGGGCUUGGGGAUCAAGGAAUGCAAUCUCUGAACUUCCAGGGACUGGGGGUUGCACCAUGGAUGCAGCCAACACUUGGUGCUUCCAUGUCCGGACUUCAGCCAGAAAUAUACCAAGCAAUGGCUGCUGCUGCACUUCAGGAAAUGAGAGCAAUGGGUCCGUCUAAACCUUCUUCUGAAUCUCUGCUGCAGUUUCAGCAGUCUUCAAAUGUUCCUGGUGCUCCUUCUUCUGGUAUCCAGAGGCAAGUGUUACAGCAGUCUCAGUCCCAAAAUGUCCUAUACAACUUUCAAGAAAACCAGAUUCCUUCUCAGUCUUCACUUCUGCAACGACAGAUGCAGCGUUACCAUCCUUAUAAUGAUCAGAGGCGGCAGCAGCAGCAGCAGCAUCGACCUAACAGUUUACCUGUUCAGCAGCAGAUCUCAAAUGUUGUUUCUCCUUUGUCUAAUUUUGCAUCACCCACCCAGUUUGUCUCUCCACCCAUGCCAGCCAUUGCUUCAAAUUGCCAGCAGCAGAGUUUCCCUGAACCUGCCAGGAACCAGAACCAAAUUCCCAGCUCUGAUGUUUCUGCUAUCCACAGUCUACUUGGAUCGCUUCCCCAGGAUGGAGUAUCCCAGUUACUUAACAUGAAUGGAUCCAACUCUCUGGUUUCUCCUGCUUCCUUACUACCCAAGCAAAUAACUGCUGAACCUCAGUUUCAUACUGCUGCUGCUCAGUGUGUAUUACCCCAGGUGGGAAACUUGGGUACAUCACACUCAAAUGUAUCUGAACUUCCUAUUUUGCCUCCAUUUCCUGGAAGAGAAUAUUCUGCAUACCCAGCUUCAAACUUCGGUGGUGCUACAGGGACUGAUUAUCCUCCAAGUUCAGAUAUGACAACAUCAAGUUGUGUAGAUGAAUCUGGUUUUUUGCAGUCUUCAGAAAAUGUGGAGCAAGCAAAUACAUCAACUGGAACCUUUGUCAAGGUUCACAAGUUAGGGUGCUUUGGGAGGUCACUGGACAUCUCUAAGUUUAGCAGCUACGAUGAACUACGUAGUGAGCUUGCCCGCAUGUUUGGGCUUGAAGGCCAACUAGAGAACCCUCAGAGAUCAGGCUGGCAGCUUGUAUUCGUUGACCGGGAGAAUGAUGUUCUUCUCCUUGGUGAUGACCCUUGGCAGGAGUUUGUGAACAAUGUGUGGUACAUCAAGAUUCUGUCUCCACUUGAAGUACAACAAAUGGGCAGAGAAAGUUCUGGUCCCACGGCUUCUGCAUUAGCCCACAGGCUUUCUACCACUGACAACUAUGCGAGUCGGCAAGAGUUGAGAAAUCCUAGCAAUGGGAUUGCGUCAAUGGGGUCUCUAGACUAUUAGAAUGAUCUGCUUCAUAGGCAUAGUGGUAAAGAAUGUCUGGAGUCUUUAUGAAAGAUGUUUCUCGUCUCAGGAUUGGCCUAGUAUUCUUAUAUAUCCAUUUUAUAGUUGAGUAUGUAUUAGUGAUUCUGCAAGGCCUAUUCAGAUCUACAGCAUAUCACUGUAAAUUAUAAUAGGUGACCUUGUUUCUUCAGCUGUCACUGUAACGCUUAGAUCAGCACUAAAUGUAGAAGAUGGAGUCAUGUCCUUAUCAGUAGGGUUUGUGCUUUCUCCCCUUGACGUCUUCCAAAUUAUUGGUCAUAUUUAAAAGAAAACUUAGUGAGUACCAAGUCCUUUUCACCCCC